GAGGUGGGCACAGAUACUACGUGCGCAGGCUUUGCCUCUUAUCCUAAGAGCCAUCUGCGCAUGUCAGAACGCACUAGUUUGUUCACAGAGUUUGAAUUGAAGUGAGAAUAAACCCGAGGACAGAGUGGGGGUGACAGAUGAUUCACCCUCCGGCGAUGGAAAACGCACGUACGGACACGUAUUUGAUAACUGGAGGCUGUGGCUAUUUUGGUGAUCGGCUGGCACGCUCCCUGCAUAAAAAAGGAGCCCGAGUCAUUCUGUUUGACACGGUCCCUCCGGUCCAAGAAGUGCCGGAGAACAUUGGGUUUGUGCAAGGUGACAUACGAGACUAUGCGCAAGUGGAGAGGGCUGUGACCGGUGUGGACUGUGUGUUCCACAUCGCGUCCUACGGCAUGUCCGGCAGGGAGCAGCUGAACCGUCACCUGAUUGAGGCGGUGAACGUUCAAGGCACACGGAACGUCCUGAAGGCCUGUGUUGAGCACAGAGUGUCCAGGCUGGUCUACACCAGCACCUUCAACGUGGUGUUCGGAGGCCAAGUGAUAGAGAACGGCGACGAAAGCCUCCCUUAUCUACCUCUUCACCUUCACCCCGACCACUACUCCAGGACAAAGUCCCUGGCCGAGAUGGCCGUGCUAGAAGCUAAUGGCACCGCACUGAAGGACGGCCCCGGGGCCCUGAGGACCUGCGCGCUGCGUCCAGCGGGGAUCUACGGGCCUGGAGAGCAGCGACACCUACCCAGGAUAGUUGGCUACAUAGAGAAGGGGAUCUUCAGCUUUGUUUAUGGUGAACCCAGCAGCCUGGUGGAGUUUGUCCACGUGGACAACCUGGUGUCGGCGCACGAGCUGGCUGCAGGGGCGCUGACCUCAGAGAAGCGGCACCGCUCUGCCGGCCAGGCCUACUUCAUCUCAGACGGCAGGCCGGUCAAUAAUUUUGAAUUCUUCAGGCCUCUGGUGGAGGGCUUGGGCUAUCCCUUCCCCACGCUACGCCUACCGAUCAGUCUCAUUUACUUCUUCGCCUUUCUCACAGAAAUGAUUCACCACCUCAUCGGCCCCUUCUAUAACUUCCAGCCGCUGCUCACGCGCACGGAGGUGUAUAAAACUGGCGUGACGCAUUACUUCAGCAUGGCCAAAGCCAAAGCGGAGCUGGGUUACGAACCCCAGACGCACAACCUGGAUGAGGCUGUGCAGUGGUUCAGGUGCAGAGGCCACGGGAAGAAAUCUCCCAAAUCCUUCCUCGGUUCAUUUCUACUCAACUUCCUGUUUGUCGCUGCCUCUGUUGCUCUGGCUCUCUCUUUCCUUCCAGUCGUUGGCAGUUUCGGAGAAGCAAAGAAGUAGAAACGUCAUUCAGACAUUUUUCAAACUGUACUGUUUAAAGACUGUUUCAUAAAUACUGUCGGUUGUUUACAUUUAUUAAAAUGUCGAGAUCCGUGCACACAAAGACCAAGUCAGGAAAAGCAAAACGUUUCUUGGGAGUAACACGGACAUUUCCCCGUGAUUCUGUAAUACCAGAAGCAUUUCAUUAAUAAUUUUAUAACCUCAUUGUCUUUUAUUCACUGUUCUACAAUGGUCACAUUUACAAACUGUGCAGCAACAGCUACCUUCUUUAUUCCACAUCGGUAAGCUUGCGAAAGAAAAAUCUCUCUGGGGCAAAAAUUGAUAAUUACUGAACACAUGCAAGUGUCUUAUUUUUGUUGUUGUUUUUGUGUGACCGUAUGACAAGACAAAAAGCGGGACAAUGUUCUAAAAGCUGCAAUGAAUAAAACAUUACAAGUCA